CUCACGGCCUUCCAGUCAUGAAAACACCCACAACAGUAGUUGUCGACAACGGCGCACAUACAAUCAAGGCUGGCAUUGUCGGCGUACACGAUGCUACUCCCAGAAUAAUUCCCAACGCGAUUGUGCGUUCCAAGGGUGACAAGACAACAUAUAUCGGCCACGAGCUUGAGAAAUGCCGUGAUUUUUCGGGUCUACAUUAUCGCCUGCCAUUCGAAAAGGGUUAUCUCACAGACUGGGAUGCCGAGAAAGCCAUAUGGGACGGAUUGUUCUCCAGUGCUGUCCUAGGAAUCGACACGGCUGAAUCCACGCUUUUGAUCACAGAGCCGUACUUUGAUUUGCCUAACCUGCAGGACGUCUACGAUCAGUUUGCAUUUGAGGAAUACGAGUUCCAAUCAUAUUACAGAUGCACGCCCGCUGCGCUCAUCCCGUACGGAGACCUCUUUGCGCGACCAGGUUUGCCAACCCCCGAAUGCAUGCUUGUGAUAGACUCCGGCUUCAGCUUCACCCAUGUUAUACCCAUAAUCAACGGCUCAGUAGUAUGGGCCGCGGUCGAACGAAUUGACGUCGGCGGCAAGCUUCUAACAAACCAGCUCAAGGAACUAACCUCUUUCCGUCAGUGGAAUAUGAUGGACGAGACCUACAUCAUGAAUGACAUCAAAGAAGCAUGUUGUUACAUAUCAACCGACUUCAAGAGGGACCUAGAAAUCUGUCGGGCGGACCCUCGGCGAAAUGCCAUCGUGCAAGAGUACAUUCUUCCAGAUUUCUCAACAGGCCGUCGAGGUCGCAUUCGGCAACCUGGCGAAGCGAUCGAUGAUUCGGCCCAGGUCAUGUACAUGAACAACGAAAGAUUCACAAUCCCGGAGAUCAUUUUCCGGCCAGGUGACAUUGGCCUCGAACAGUCUGGUAUCGCAUCUAGCGUAGCACAUUGUAUAGCGCAUCUGCCAGAGGACGUGCGAGGCAUGUUAUGGGCACAUAUCGGGAUCGUUGGUGGGAACGCCAAGUUCUCUGGCCUCCGCGAGCGAUUACAGGCUGAGCUACGAUCGCUAGCUCCCGUCGACUGCGAUGUCAACAUUUAUAUUUCAGACGAGCCUAUCUUGGAAGCGUACCGGUCUGCUAUUGCCUUCGCAAAAAGUCCCGAGUUCUCAGCGAACGUAGUGACACGGGCCGAAUACCUCGAGAUGGGGAGCAACGCUUGUCGAAGAAAGUUCAUUGAUUGGAGACCCGUGGAAAAGGAGUGGCUUAAAGGGCAAGCACAAUUGAAGGGACGCGGCUCGGCAAAAACAUGGGAUGAAGGCCUCGAACGGGCGUCGUCCGGAAAGAAAGGGACUAAAGUCAAAGGAAAAGCCCGUGUUACUCGACGUUAAACAUAGUCAAUGUCGGCGACUCGUCGCUCUGUCCACCCGGUGUUGGCUGUAGCUAGCAAUUGUGUACGGAUUUCAAGGAUAUAUUAGCCCUUACGAAGCCGUUCCGGGAAGCGUCGAGGAGAACAUCGAGGGUAUCAGGGAUGGAUGAAGUAGGUUGUCGACGAUCGAUGAAGACUAGGCAGAGUGGAGGAGUGACACCAGGCUCUAUCGCAAUUCUGCUUCGUGGCCGGGAGAUAAGAGCCAAUGUGUUGGGCCGUGAACAUUAAUUCAAUUGCUUCUCGUCUCGGU